CCUCCCCUCUUCUCACGUGACCCCUCCUCUCCUCUCCCUCUCGGCUCCAUAUUGAAUUUGAAACUGAAGGAAACGAGUCUGGUCACAAAAUGGAGGUUAAAAGGAGCAACUGAGUUAGUGCAUCCUUCCAAAAUGUCUGGGAUCAAAGAAGAGAGAGAUAUUGAAGACUACAAGAGGAAAGGAAGAAGAUCUUCACAGGGCCAUGACCCGAAGGAGCCAGAACAGUUGAGAAAACUGUUCAUUGGAGGCCUGAGCUUUGAAACAACAGAUGAUAGCUUAAGAGAACAUUUUGAAAAAUGGGGCACGCUCACAGACUGUGUGGUGAUGAGAGACCCACAAACAAAACGUUCCAGAGGCUUUGGCUUUGUGACAUACUCUUGUGUGGAAGAGGUAGAUGCUGCAAUGAGUGCUCGACCACAUAAGGUUGAUGGGCGUGUGGUCGAGCCCAAGAGAGCAGUUUCUAGAGAAGAUUCUGUAAAGCCUGGAGCACACUUAACAGUAAAGAAAAUAUUUGUUGGUGGAAUUAAAGAAGAUACAGAAGAAUAUAAUUUAAGAGACUACUUUGAAAAAUAUGGCAAGAUUGAAACCAUAGAAGUCAUGGAAGACAGGCAGAGUGGAAAGAAAAGAGGAUUUGCUUUUGUAACUUUUGAUGAUCAUGAUACAGUUGAUAAAAUUGUUGUUCAGAAAUAUCAUACUAUAAAUGGACAUAAUUGUGAAGUGAAAAAAGCACUUUCCAAGCAAGAGAUGCAGACUGCUAGCUCACAGAGAGGUCGUGGGGGUGGCUCAGGCAACUUCAUGGGUCGUGGAAGUUUUGGAGGAGGAGGAGGUGGUGGUGGUGGAAAUUUCAGCCGAGGAGGAAACUUUGGUGGCAGAGGAGGCUAUGGUGGCGGUAGCGGUGGUGGUGGGAGAAGUGGAAGCUUUGGGAGUGGUGAUGGAUAUAAUGGAUUUGGCGAUGGUGGGAACUAUGGAGGUGGCCCUGGUUACAGUAGUAGAGGGGGUUACGGUGGUGGUGGAGGAGGACCAGGAUACGGAAACCCAGGUGGUGGAUAUGGUGGCGGCGGUGGUGGUGGUGGAGGAGGAGGAGGAGGUGGUGGAUACGAUGGUUACAACGAAGGAGGAAAUUUUGGUGGCGGUAACUAUGGUGGCAGUGGAAACUAUAAUGAUUUUGGCAAUUAUAGUGGACAACAGCAGUCAAACUAUGGACCCAUGAAAGGAGGUGGCAGUUUUGGUGGCAGAAGCUCAGGCAGUCCCUAUGGUGGUGGUUAUGGAUCUGGAGGUGGCAGUGGUGGCUAUGGUGGCCGAAGAUUCUAAACUGAACCAGAAAAAGGGCUACAGUUCUUAGCAGGAGAGAGAGAGCGAGGAGUUGUCAGGAAAGCUGCAGGUUACUUUGAGACAGUCGUCCCAAAUGCAUUAGAGGAACUGUAAAAUCUGCCACAGAAGGAACGAUGAUCCAUAGUCAGAAAAGUUACUGCAGCUUAAACAGAAAACCCUUCUUGUUCAGGACUGCCAUAGCCACAGUUUGCAAAAAGUGCAGCUAUUGAUUAAUGCAAUGUAGUGUCAAUUAGAUGUACAUUCCUGAGGUCUUCUAUCUGUUGUAGCUUUGUCUUUCUUUUUUUUUUUUCUUUUUUUUUUUUUCAUUACAUCAGGUAUAUUGCCCUGUAAAUUGUGGUAGUGGUACCAGGAAUAAAAAACAAUUAAGGAAUUUUUAACUUUUCAAUAUUUGUGUAGUUCAGUUUUUCCACAUUUAGUUCAGACUUUAACAAAAAUAAAGAAAUGUAGUUUAGGGUGUUUCUUGUUAAUAGAGAAGAUUGAUGCAUUUCUCAAUUACCAUUUUGUGUUAACUUCAACUGUAGAAACACCUGAUUUGCAGUCUUAAGGGGUCUAGUCUCAAUGCAUAUAUGUAACUCCCAUUGACAUGAGUUUUUUAUAUGCGCAAAUAGAGAGAACAUAUGUUGCAUUAUAGGAUUGAGUUAUUUAAACUAGUGUUUGUGAAUGAUAGAAUUAAGCUUACUUUCAAAUGAAAAUUUCAAAUUACUUUUUGGUUUGUGCAUAUUUUUUAAUUUGUAGUUCUGUAUUAGUGCUGGCUCUGCAAGAAAAUAAGGCAUGAUAAAUAUUUUAACAAGACUUUCUUUAGCUACAUAAAAACUGCCUCCAGUCUCAUUUUGAGAUAUGUAGGGGAUACCUGCAGUCUCUUGUUCAAGUUCUGGGUGAAGAGGAGAUGGACUUGCUUUUACCUUUUUCAAAUUCUUGUAAAGCUCAAAAGGGUGAAACUCAAGUGCUUAUUACCUUAGGGUAUGAAGUUAGAUAUUUUUUGGAUGAAAUUGUGCUUUGAAGAGAGCAGCCAUGAUGUCUUUCUCUUGAAUUAACUAUUUCAUUUGAAAGUGCUGUUGUAGUGAGAGAAUAGGUAUAUGUUGUAAAACCAUUUAAUGGCUAUAUGCUUCCUUGUAUACACCCUAGGCAUUUUUUCUGGACACAUCCUUCUGACUUGGAACAAAGAGUAGCACAGGUAUAAUCCCUGACAGUCUCAGGUAAUUCAUUAAAAAGCCUCAUGAUGAUGGGCAAACUGUCAUAGUUCAAGUAUUUUACUUCUGAAGAUAUGGGUUCAAGUAAGGGAUUUAGGGCUAUUUAAAAAUAAACUUGGUCAUAUUUUAGUGGCAGGAAAUCUUUUUAGUUCCAUUGUUUGGGCUAGAUUUGAUACCAGCGUCAGUUUGCUUAAGAGACGCCCAUAAUCAAUUCAGAUAUGAUACACUGGAUGGUGGCAGUGUAUCAAAGUGGAAUACAAGCAGAAUAACUGGGUAGGUGACAGUAAUGCUGAAAAGGAUCUGGGGGUUAUAGUGGAUCACAAAUGAGUCAACAAUGAUGAAUUUGC